AAGAGAGAGAGAGGAAAAAAACCCCUCCCACAAAGGGGAGGGGCAAGAAGAGACGCCUUCUCUCUCUGAGAGAGAGAGAGCGAGAUGGCGUCGCGGCGGAGAGCGAUUCAAUCGAGGAGAUGGUCGUCGGCGUCGUCGGGAUCGUCGGGAUCGUCGGACGAGUUGUUCGUGGAGGCCAGGAGCUCGCCGCUGCGGGAGGGGGAGGAGGAGAAGGAGGGGGCGGCGCCGGUGGCGGAGGGGCGGUGGGCGCGGAUGCUGCCGGAGCUGCUGGGAGAGAUCGUGAAGAGGGUGGAGGACGGAGGAGAGCGGUGGCCGCUGCGGAAGGACGUGGUGUCUUGCGCCUGCGUCUGCCGGCGGUGGAGGGAGAUCACCAAGGGGAUCGUCCGAUCCCCGCUGGAGAGCGGGCGGAUCACCUUCCCUUCCUCCCUCAAACAGCCGGGGCCAAGGGACUCGCCGAUCCAAUCCUUUAUAAAAAGGAACAAGAAGAAUUCGACAUUUUAUUUAUACCUCGGCUUGACACAAACAGUCAUGGAUAAAGGGAAGUUCCUAUUGGCAGCUCGAAGAUUUAGGCAUGGUGCCCACACUGAGUAUAUUAUCUCUCUCGAUGCAGAUGACCUGUCCCAAGGAAGUAAGGCAUAUAUGGGAAAGUUGAGAUCUGAUUUCUUGGGGACAAAAUUUACAAUCUAUGACAGCCGGCCACCAUAUAAUGGUGCAAAGGCAGCAAGCAGCCGAGCAAGCCCGUUUGCCAGCAAGCAAAUCAGUCCUCAGGUCUCAUCUAGUAAUUUUGAGGUUGGACAGGUAUCUUACAAAUUCAACCUACUAAAAUCAAGAGGACCGAGAAGGAUGCACUGCACCCUGCAAUGCCUCUCAGCUCAAGAAACCUCAGAGGAUGAUGCUGUGAAGUCAAAGGCACAGAACCCUUCGGGAUCUGUAGUUCUGAGGAACAAAGCUCCUAGGUGGCAUGAACAUCUGCAGUGCUGGUGCCUGAAUUUUCAUGGUCGGGUCACAGUAGCUUCAGUGAAAAAUUUUCAGCUGGUGGCAGUAACAGAUCCCAGCCAACCAUGGGGGAUUGGAGACGAGGAUACUGUGCUGCUUCAGUUUGGGAAGAUUGGCGACGACAUGUUUACCAUGGACUACCGACAGCCACUCUCAGCCUUCCAGGCAUUUGCCAUCUGCCUCACCAGCUUUGGUACAAAGUUUGCCUGUGAAUAAAAACCUCUCUAGAUAUAUUAAUCCUGCAGUAUGUGAUUAUGUUGUAGCUGUAGAGACUCAGACUUUUAUUCCAUGAUUGCUGGGACGGGGAGUUCUUGUUUGAGCUUUAUUCCUGUUGUGCGCUGGAUACCAUGGAUAGCACUUGCGCAGGUUUUUAUCUCUGAGCAAGUCAGAUAUUUGCGCAUUUGGUAGCAUGACAUGAGACCAAUCCAAUCUCAAGGUUCUUUCUUCUAAUGUUUAGCUGUGACAUGUAUUGGCUUGUGCACAGCCAUGGAAACUUUAACAGUCUAGUCCAUCAGAUCAACUCAAAAAGAGAGGCUUUAGCGGAUGGCUUGACCGUAUAGGGGGUUGGUGAACUGAGCGUCUUAAGUGGAUGGGUUGAACUGUGGUUGGGAUUGAUGAACCGGGUUGAGGUAGGAUUUGGUGUUGGUUUUCUUGGGGAAAGAAAACCGAGGUUAGUUUUCUUUCCCCUGAGAAAACCCUUUUUCUGCUUGUACACGUGUUUGUUCGUUAUGCAAGAGAAAAAUUAAAUCUAAAGAAAAAUUCUUCU